GCAUGGAGGCUGAGGAGGAGCGAGCGGAGGCGCCGCGGCGUGGGGGAGUCGCCGGGGUACUAAAGAUGGGCAGUCGAGCCCACCAGGACAUCUUUCCAGAUGAAAACCUCAGCAAGAAGAAUCCCUCACCUGUUGCUGGAGAGGGUUAGCUAAAGCUCACCUAUGAAAGCUAACACUGUUGUCAGCUAUGCCUGUCUGAUGCAAACUGCUACAGCUGCUGCUCCCAGCGGAGGAUCUGAGGUUGCCUUGAGAAACACUAGCUCCUGAAAAACGGGCUGCAGCCUGCUACAGUAUACAACCCCUCGUAUGGCUGGUCCAACAUGACUUCUGGUCUCUGGCAUGGUUGCAGAGCCUAUCCAUACAAAUCUUUAUAGCAUUCUACACACCUGAAUAAUUUGGGGUUUUUUUAGUAUGCUUUUCGAGGUCUGAUUGCUGGCAAACUUUCCUGCCAUUGCAGUCAAACAGACCUGCUUUAUAGUAUCACAAUUGGUAUAUGCAUAAAUGACUGUGGAUAUAAAAUCUUACAAUGGUGGGAUCAACUUUGUAUUUUGUUCAAGUGAAUAACGUUUCAAGGCAUGUGCUACAGGACAGCCAUUCAUGUCAAUCUCCAGACUAUUUUGAACAGGCUUCCAUAGUUAUUCCCUUUAACUUCUUCCUCACUUUUCCCUUCCUGAUUCUUCUAGGGCAGGGGUAUCAAACUCGUUUUCACCGGGAGCCACGUCAGCCUCACGGUUGCCUUCAGAAGGCCGAAUGUAAUUUUAGUACUCCUACAUUUAUACAGUCCUAAGAUUACAUUCGGCCCUCUGAAGGCAACCGUGAGGCUGAUGUGGCCCCUGGUGAAAACGACUUUGACACCCCUGUAAUUUAGGAUGAACAGCCUGAGGACAAGGUUUACCAUGUAAGACUAGAGGCUUUCUAGGUGGAUACUGGCUCCUCUGAAGGGGACUAGUAGAACUAACCUACUCAUGUGUCUGCAGGCUACCUUAAGAGGGGACUGUAUUGGAGAAUAAGACAAAGUUUGCCUAAGAUGCAGUGCCUUUCCACCAUCCUCUGUUGCUAUUGCUGACAGGUUUUUUUAUUAUCUUUGUAACAUCUACUCUUAUCAGCUGCUGCAUCUUGUUCUGAGGUCACAGAUGUAUAUGUGGCCAUGGGAAAGAUACUGUAUUUUCAUUUAAGUCAGGGCAGCAAUAAAGUAAUGGAGAACAAAACCUGACGGAGCCUAGAUUUGCUGUCCAGUAUGGUUAGCUUGCUCCCAUAACAUGAAAACUUGUUUUCAGGGAUUACGAAGUCUUGCUGGUGUCCCAGAGGAGAAGACCAACCAGUAGUAACAAGGAUGUGUGCCUUCGUAUUUUCUGGUCCACCGCCUAAACCCCCCCGCCGGCAAGGAGGCUGGGCAGAUGGUUCUGUGCCGGCACCUACCAAGUCAGGAAGAAAGCAUGCAGAAGAAGUAGAAGACCAUCGUCUCAGACAGCAGAGCCUGGAGGCAUCGGAUAGUGGAGGAGACAUUCCUGUGAUCCCUGACUUGGAGGAGGUCCAGGAGGAAGAUCUGGCCAUGCAAGUGGCAGCUCCCCCCAGUGUGCAGGUGAACCGGGUGCUCGCCUACCGUGACCUGGACGAAGAUCUUAUGAAGUAUGCUGCCUUUCAGACUCUGGAUGGAGAAAUUGACCUGAAGCUUCUCACCAAAGUUUUGGCUCCUGAGCAUGAACUACAAGAGGAUGAUGUCAGCUGGAAUUGGGACCAUCUCUUCACAGAGGUGUCAUCGGAACUAGUGACUGAGUGGGACCUGGGACUGUCUGAGAGAGAGGACCACCUCAGUGUGCCCUAGAGCACUGGUACACCAGACAUCUCAUACAUGCAUUUCCUGUAAACAGUUUAGCACUUUACUUUUCUGUUCACUCAUUUAUAGUGUAGAAUUUAUUUCAGACAUGAAAAUAAAUAGGACCUUGCUUAGUAGGAA